AUGCCUCACAAAGGAAACGACUCCAACUCUACCCUGUCCAGCAGUGGCAGUAGCGGUGACCGUGUUGUCAUCACCGACAUGCGAGGCCCCAAUGCUGUCCCACGCCGUACACAACCCCCCGUCAUUGUUCACAACCGGGGAGGUCAGAUCUACGAUGAAACGCGCCCCUCUGAUUGGGACAAACAACGCUGGAAGUAA